AUGUUCCUACAAGCACAAAGCAAGAACCAGAUUAUCUCCUACUUGGCGGCAAUGACCUUUUCAGUUCAUCUCUGUUUAUCAUGGCUUUUGACGGUGAAAUAUAAGUUUGGAAUCACAGGAGCAAUGGUGUCCACAGUUAUUGCUUAUUGGAUUCCAAAUUUGGGUCAACUUUUGUUUGUUAUAUUUGGUGGAUGCACUGAAACAUGGCAUGGUUUAUCAAUUUAUGCUUUCAAAGAUCUUUGGCCUGUAGUUAAGCUUUCAUUGUCAUCAGGCGCCAUGCUUUGUCUUGAGAUCUGGUACAACACCAUCUUGCUUCUUCUAACUGGAAGCAUGAAAAAUGCUGAGGUUGCCAUUGAUGCUCUAGCUAUUUGCCUCAAUGUAAAUGGUCUGGAAAUGAUGUUAUCCCUUGGUUUAGCCGCUGCAGUGAGUGUUAGGGUGUCGAACGAGAUUGGAAGAGGAAGCUCCAAAGGUGCAGUGUUCUCAAUCAUGGUCACAACUGUUACUUCAUUUGCUAUUGGAUGUGUGCUAUUUGUAGUUUUCCUACUUCUCAAGGGACGUCUAGCAUACAUGUUUAUCGAUAACAAUGAGGUGGCUAAAGCAGUUGCAGAUCUAUCACCAUUGCUCGCUUUCUCCAUACUUUUGAAUAGCAUUCAACCAGUGCUCUCUAGAGUUUCUGUUUGUGCGGGAUGGCAAAGCAUUGUAGCCUACGUUAACUUAUCAUGCUAUUACUUGAUCGGGAUUCCUAUUGGAGCUGCUUUUGGUUAUUAUUACCAUUACGGAGUCAAGGUGAGAUAUCCUUUCACAUUCUUUAUUAAAUUUGCGCUUGGACUAGGUGCAAGUCGAGCUAUCUUUAAACUCUCUUCACUAAGGGCAUCAUUUUGCCGACAUCGAGCCCCCACGAAUUUCCUGGGCAUUGUUUUGUACCGGAACGGGGAUACGUCAAUGCAGGUUACGGCUAUGCCAGCGCCAGUCUUACAUCGCCUUGCCCUUCUUUCUGGAACAGAGGUGCAAAGGACAGAACCUGAAUCAUAUGAAGAAGCUAUGAGUUCCAAGGAGAAGGAAAAGUGGAGGGCAGCAAUGGAAGAGGAAAUGAGGUCACUUGAGCUGGAAGUCUCAGCUUUAGCACUUUUAUCGGCUGAAGCUAAGUAUAUUGCUAUUGUCGAUGUGUUCAGUGAAGCUUUUUGGCUGCAAGGGUUAUUGGCUGAAUCAAAUUUGACAGAGGGAAAGGUAAUCAUAUACUCUGACAGCCAAAGUGCAAUCCAUUUAAGCAAGAAUCCAGUUUAUCAUGAGAGGACAAAGCAUGUAGAUGUUCGCUUUCAUUUUGCUAGAGAUUUAGUCACUCAAGGAGUUGAGGAAACUGUCAACUAA